GAGGCGGUGCUGGCUCUAGCCUCUAACUGUCAGUGCAUCCAUCAGGCUAGCUAGCGUAGGAGGUAGCAGGUUAGCUGUUAGGUAGCUGGUUGGCUAGCCGCAUUUAGUCUUAGUUUUUGUUAAAUAUACAAAUAGGUCCAGGAUAGUAUUAUUAAAUGCCAGCAUUGUGAUAAAGCGAGGGUGGAAAAUCCGAGGCCUUGUUUCACUGGGUGUGUUGACUGCAGGAGAAGAUGUGCAAUGGAAAGACAGAGGCAACAUCAGAAGUCUGUCGGGGCCACACUAAUGUUAAAUGGUCAGUCUGCUUGUUGCUGGCACUGACAGUGGUUACUUCUGGGCAAGGUUUAGUAUGCCAGCCUCCACAUGCGCCAAAGAACGGAGGCUACAACUGUCAACCCUCCCCAUGUCGGAGACUUUCUCAUGGCACUGUGAUAGAAUUCUACUGCGAUGAAGGCUACACCCUGAAGGGAGACUACAAAUUUCUUACCUGUCAAUACGGGGAGUGGGACGGCCCUGUUCAGAUCAGCUGUGUCAAAGAGCAAGGAUGCGUGAGGCCGUACAUGGUUGAAAACAGCUGGGUAAACCACACAGAAACCAACAGGGGCUUGUUCCCUGUAGGCAUAGUGCUGCAGUACAGCUGUGACCCAGGUUAUUUGCCAGAUGGACCCAACAUUCUCACCUGCAUCUCGCCAGGACGCUGGUCCUCAGAACCUCCUCACUGCACACAGAGUGAUGCUUGUCUGCCCCUCUCUGAACCAGAGAAUGGGGGUUACAACUGCCACCCGUCCCCCUGUCGAAUGUUUUCCCAUGGCACUGUCGUUGAGUUCUUCUGUCACUCAGGCUUCAUUCUCAAGGGGAAAUACAACUACCUGACCUGUCAGGACGGACAGUGGGAUGGCCCUAUGCAGAUAAGCUGUGUCAAACAAGUAUGCCAGCCUCCAUAUCAGCCAGAGAACGGAGGUUACACCUGCCACCCCUCCCAAUGUCGGAGACUUUCUCACGGCACCGUGAUUGAGUAUUUCUGCAAUGAAGGCUACAUUCUGAAGGGAGACUAUAAAUACCUCACUUGUCAGUAUGGCAAGUGGGAUGGGCUAAUGCAGAUCAGCUGCGUAAUGGAGCAAGACCGCGGCGCAACCUUACCAUUGGGGAUGCCGGCUUUGUCCAUAGUGUCCUCCACAGCCAGCUCAGUGGCCCUCAUCCUGCUCCUGGUGGUGCUCUUUGUUCUUUUGCAGCCAAAACUAAAGUCUUUCCAUCGACGGGAUCAGGGCGUGUCGGGCCAGCCUGUGUCCAUCAUGGUGGAAGGAGUCCAGGUGAAUUUGCCCUCGUAUGAGGAGGCAGUCAGCGGUAACACUGGCUCAGCUGCAGCUCUCAACUCCGAGUCUCGUGUCCAGAUUGUGCUGUCUGAAGGGCAGCAAGCUACAACGCCAGAGGCUGGCCCCUCUCGGCCUGCUUCCCUCAAACAGCUGCACUCAGAGAUGGCCGCGGUACACCCUUUGCCACUUUCAUCGUCCUCAUCAGCCUCAUCCUCUAGCUGGACUCUAGAGAACGCUGGCGGCGGAGCUCUGUCCUCGGGCGACCAUCAUAGCCUCACUCUGCUAGAUUCAGAGAUGGACUGCUCUGACGAGAUGCCACUGCUGAAGGAGGCCGGAAACAUGCAAGACAUUGGAUGAUGCAGAAACAACAGUACUGCUGCUGAUGGGAAGGACCAAUGAAUACACAAAGUGAUCACUCUGACCUUGCCAAAGCAGAACAUAAAGGAGGUCCUUUAAGGGACGAACAUAUACAGUACAUACAUGCUUGCAUUGUCCAUAUGCAUUCCCACACUCUUUAUGUAUGCAUAAUGUGCUUCUAAUGUCUACAUGAGGGACACGUUUCAAUGACACCAGUCAAGCAUGAUGCUAAGCUCACAGCAUCAAGUAAUUGUGAACGAAAUAAUAAUGUAUGCAUCAUUAAUUAUGAGUUGUGACCUUCCACUUCCACACACACACACACUACAUGGCUGCUCGUCCCACUUGUUCACCGCUUCACACACUUGUCCCCGAUGGCCUUAUCUUCCCACUUCUAUGCACAGUUAUCCGAUAAGGACAAUAAGGUACAAUGCGGAGUUUUCAAACUGAAUGUCAUGUAAAUGCCUCCACUGCUUAAUACAACUUGUAGCUUUGUCACACACAUCACCUCAACCACAGAAAGUGUACUCUUUAAUUUAUUUUGUCUUAAAAUGUGUGUUUAAUUUAUUGCGCUGUUGAUCAGCCUCUUGGAACUACUUAAAUAUCGUUUGUUUCAUGCUGCGGGCACAUUUGAUGCGACACUUGGUCUUGAAGGUGCAACACACAAAGAAACACUGUACAGUUUGGUGUAAUAUCAGUGUUACAUUUUGUUUGCUUGUUCAUUGAACUGACACGUGUUUUUGUUUGUUUGCUUGUUGCUUUAUGUCAAUUGUUUUUUCAUAUAAUGUGAAGUUUUAAGGUAGGUUUACUGUGUAACAUACCUUUUUGAAUUAAAUAUUAUUUAAGAUGUGGCAGCUGUUGUCAGUUCUGCUUCUUUUUGUGUUUUGCAUUCCAGAGGCAUCAUUUAUGGUUUGCACUUUUACUUCAAAUAGUUUGAAUGCAGUAUACAUGUACU